CUGUAGGGCGCGUGUCCCGGCGGCUGUCAUGGAAGGAACUAGCGGCGGCUUCCGGAAAGAGCUGGUGGGCAAGCUGCUGCAGCUGCAUUUUAAGGAUGACAAGACCAAAGUCAGCGGGGAUGCGUUGCGGCUCAUGGCGGAGCUGCUGAAGAUCUUCGUUGUGGGUUCUGUGUUCCCGGAAAGCCCCAUGUUUCUGAGCUGCCAGCCGCGCACAGGGUUGGGGGAGGUGCACCCCGUCCUCCACCCCCGCACACUUUCCUCCUGUGUCACGGCAGAAGCAGCCAUCCGCAGCGUCCGGCAGGCCCAGGCGGAGGACCUGGCUCUCGUGGACGUGGACCAGCUGGAAAAGGUGUUGCCUCAGCUGCUCCUGGACUUCUAGGGGCUUCCACCCCCACUGCGGCCUGCUGUCCAAGUCAAGGCUAGAGCCCCGUGCCCACGUUUCGGUGGCCUCUGGCUACAGACAAGCAGCUCCCGAUACCCGAGACUCUCCGCCGGCCCCAAGGGCUGAGCUGGGUCCUGGCAGACACCCCACCCCUCCUGGUGUCUCCUCUGCCUCGCUGCUGACCGCCUGGACACAGGAGAUGGGGUGGGGAAGGUCGCUGAGGGGACGGGGAGGCAGGCGUCUUCCCCUCACACCCACGGGUGUCAGGGAAGCGCCCGGUCGUCCGAAUGCAGGUGCCAGGAAGCAGCGGGGUGCCGCUGGAGCAGGUGGCCUGUGCGCCUUCUCCGAGCGAGCAGAGGUGCGCACGGUCCUGACACCCCGACAUCAAAGCUGCUGUGUAACCUUUUAACCAUUUGAUAUUCCCCUCAGA